AUGUACGUGGGUGUGUGUAAUAAUGUGUACAUCUCCCGCCAAUGCGACACGUCAAGAUGCGAUCCCCGCUUUGAGAAGUUUCUGGAGGAGGUGACCCGCUACACACCUCGCUACAUGUCGGAGAUGGAGUCUAUCUUUAACCAAUCACAGAAGGAGGGGAGGAAGAGGAUCAGCAACGGACGUCACCAAAAAUGAGUGGUAGGCUACACCUGCAGUCAGACUGUUACUAUGAGGGUGUGCGUGGAUGUGGGUGGUCUUUCUCUAUCUCAUCUCUCACUGAUCAUUUCUGUCAUGCCCUGAUCUCUCACCCCCCCGCCCUCUCUCUCCCUCCCCUUUCUAUUUUUCUCUCUCCCCCUUUUCCCCCUCUCUCCAUCUCUCUCCAAGUGUGAAGGCUGUGUUUAAUGAGCUCCUCAACUCUCAUGGCCAUCAAUGAGCAGGACAAACUGAGCUGGUGGAAGAAUACCCACAGACCGGGCAUUCCCACUGACUGGCCUCAGUUACAGGUGCAACACACACACACACAGCGGGCUAAUGGAAGUUAAUGGGGCCUAAUGAAGUGUACUGCAAUAUGGGAUAAUGUAGACUUCAGCCCCUUUGUUACUGUCAGAGUUUGUCUAAUGUAGUGAACAGUGUUACAAGCUAAUAUUGCAGACUGUAUAACAGUAGUGUAUGGUCAAACAAUCAAUUCCUAAUUACUGAUUGGUUUGUUAAUUGUUUGUAGAUAGUUAGUGUUAUGUCUCCUUUCUCUCUCUCUCUCUCUCUCUCUCUGUGUGUGUGUGUGUGUGUGUGUUUGUGUGUGUGUGUGUGUGUGUGUGUGUGUGUGUGUGUGUGUGUGUGUGUGUGUGUGUGUGUGUGUGUGUGUGUGUGUGUGUGUGUGGAUGCAUUCACAGACACAGCGAUCAGCUUGUUGGGAGUGAACUGGGAGGACAGUGCUGUAGCAGUGGGACAGAGGAGACGGCAACAGGGAGAGCUUCGUCCUGAACCCUAUAAUACGAAUCAGGUUUGAGAAGUUAGUAAGGUAACUUAGGUCAACUCUGAGUUCAACUCGGGAUAACCGGUACCAUGAAAGUGUGCUCACCUUUUAGCCAGGUACAUUUCUAUGGCAACAAAUCCUUCAGCACUAACCUGCUCCGGGACAGGCUAACUCAGGGCAAACUCAAUUUAUCCUGGAUUAAGUGUCUGAGCCAUGAAAACCAAUGAAAUCAUAUUGCAAAGAUUGUCAUCAUCCCUUUCAUUUGAGGAAGGCAACUGAUUAAAUAUUUUAUUAAUCAAAUGUUUUUUGUGUGUAAAAAAAGUUAAAAUACCUAUCACAUUACACAUUUAGUAAGGACAGCAUUUGCUUUCCAAACUACAGGCAGCCAUUACUAGUGUAUUCAUGAGUCCGGUCUGGCCCCGCUGGCUGGAGCUGGACCGGACAUCGUUGAAGCGGACCGCUUAGGCUCCGGUGUGGAGCAGCUGACUGGUACCUUACCAGGCACCAGUGACCCAGGCACGGGUUGUGCGGGACUGACGACGCGCACCCCUGGCUUGGUGCGUGGAGUAGGAACGGGCCGGACCGGGCUGACGAUGCACACCCCUGGCUUGGUGCGUGGAGUAGGAACGGGCCGGACCGGGCUGACGAUGCGUACCCCUGCCUUGGUGCGUGGAGUAGGAACGGGCCGGACCGGGCUGACGAUGCGCACCCCUGGCUUGGUGCGUGGAGUAGGAACGGGCCAGACCGGGCUGACGAUGCACACCCCUGGCUUGGUGCGUGGAGUAGGAACAGGCCGGACUGGGCUGACGAAACGCACCACUGACUUGGUGCGGGGAGCAGGAAUGGGCCGGACCGGGCUGACGACGCGCACCACUGACUUGGUGCGGGGAGCAGGAACGGGCCGUGCCGGGCUGACGAAGCGCACCACUGACUUGGUGCGAGUGGCAGGAACAGGCCGGACCGUACUGGGAACACACACCACUGGCCCUACGUGGGGAUCAGGAACAGGCCGGACCGGACUGGCAACACACGCCAGUACCUCUCGCCGUGCCUCUACAUCCUCCUUCCCCCUGGUGACCAGUGACUCCCGUAACCUGGCGGCCUCCUGCUGCCCCGUCGUCCACGGCGUUAGGCCCCCCCUAAAAAAUGUAUGGGCUUCACUCCUACCCGUGGCCAAGGCCUCCAUCCCUCUUGCCAGACUCGCACUCAUCUCCUCCCAGGUCCAUCCUCUCUCCUCGUCACGCUGCUUGAUCCAGUCGAGGUGGGAUCUUCUGUCACGAUCGUCUACCAAAGAUGAGGAGGCAAACAUACUCUUUAAUUAGAGACACGAUCAAAACCACAAACGAUGCGUGACAGUUCACGGUCGAACAUAAACAGACUUGAAACAAGAUCCCACAACAUUUGUGGGAAAAUAGCCUCUAUAAAUAUGGCUCCCAAUCAGAGACAACCCGCCACAGCUGACACUCGUUGCCUCUGAUUGAGAACCACUCUGGCCAACACAGACAUACACAGACAUGAGUCCCAGAGCCAGGGUGUGACAAGAUCCCCAUACAUUCUACAGACACUACUGAUUAAUUCCGACAAUACUUUUACUGCGGCACCCAGAAUAUUUUUUGUCUAUAGGCCAAUAUGUGAUUCACAUUGGGGGCAUUUAUAUGACCUUGGAACAUGUUUUAAAACCCACAUUUAAUGCAAAUGUCACUUAAAUACGAACAAAUAUGAAUCAUUGUUAAUGUUUAGACAAUUAUUUUUCAUGUAUCAUUAAUAAAUACAGAUUUUUUACACUUUAAUACUUUAUUUGACACUUUGACACUUUAUACUAUUAUGUGGGGGUCUUAUAGUUAGGAAAUCUCUGAAAUUCCGUGUAGCGGAAGUACUUUUUUUAGUGUUGGUGAUGAGACGCUGAUCAUGUGACGAGUUCGCAAAUCAAAUGCCCAAUUGUGGUUCCACUGGACAGCGAAAAACAAGUAAGUUAACGUUACUUAUUGUAAUUAAAAUUCGUUUGUAGUAGUUCAUUGAUGAGUUAGAUUACAUAUUGUAGUCAUUGUUUCAAAUAAUUUUGGUGACUUCACAGCAAUUGCUAGCUAGCUAAAAUCUAGCUAGCUAGCAGGCUCAGCUAAAUAAAAAUCCCCUUAGAUACAUCAACGUCUCAUAGUCAUGUCAUGAGAUUUGUAAAUGAAAGAGGAAUAUAAUAAUAUGAAUCAAAUUGAGUUUCCCAUCUCCCCAUUUAGUUUCUGGCGCAGCACAGAAAUGCCCUUAUCCAGAUGGUGUGACAAAGGUAUUUCCUAACAGACUUCCUAACUUUCUUUGUUGCUACUUUUAAGGUUGGAACCAACAUGCAGUACCUUUAGCAGGCAGAGAGGCAAGAACCAUUUGUCUGCCAGCUCAGGGAAAAGCAACACUAUUCACAGUCCUGUGUAAUGUUCAAUGUAAUUGCAUUUCUGGAAGUUUGAAACUUAAAGUAUUUGUAUUGUUUUAACACAUGGGUGUGAUCGUUCUACAGUGGUUCCUGCAGCGUAUGCUCAAACCGGUAUGAUUAGAACGCUUAUUGAUAACGUCCAGUUAUGACUGACGGAACAGUCAGUGUUUGAGCUGGCCACACUGUUUUUUUCACAGAAACAUUUUGCACAAACACAGUCCUUACAACGUUAUGUCCUGAAUGUGGCCAGUUUAUUUUUUGAAGCAAUUUUCAGACAUUCAUAGAAGUAGGGACAGCAUAACACAAUCAUCCAAACUGGAAAAUAUAGGCUACAUUAGUCACAGCGCAAACUGAGCAAAGAUUGACGAAACACAAAUGGUCAUAUUUAGCUAACUCUCGGCUGACAGAAAACAUCAUACUAAUUAGCUAAUAGAAAUCCCAAUUUACAAUUUAUCACAUCACGGGUGAGCUCACCAUUGAUCAAAAUAAUUUAGUAACACACUUUCUAGAAAUCAAAAGUAAUCCGAUGAUGUGUAGUUUGUGCACGACGCCAUGUUUUUUUUUCUUCCAUGUCAACCAGAGAUGAGAAGAGACCAGAUGAGUUUGCAGUCACUUCCGGAAGUUUACUCGAAAGAUGAGUGAACCAUCCGUUCACCUCAUUUUGUUAUAACAUCUUUGGUCCGACAGAUGUUUACGUGACACCCAGAAUGCAUUGCAUGAUGUCAACAAAAAUGGCGCCACACAUAACUGGCAAAUAGCUUAGCAUUAGCUCAUCAUAACCAGUACAACCUACAAAAAAGUAUUUUACACACAUCAUAUCCAUUACAAUCCAUGCAAGAAUAGGAAUGCAUGAUUUGUCACCAGUACUUGAAAACAUGUUUAUAAAACAGUAAAUACAUUAUGCUCCAUACAUACAUACGGUAUGCUACAGUAGAAACGACAACACGAUAUACAGAAAAUAAGGCACUUACUUUGAAAUGAACGCACACAUGUCCAAAGUUAUUAUUUGUAAGGAAAACAACAAGGAAGGCAAUGCGGGCGCCAGCCGGAAAAUGUGCCAGUGGGAAAGAAUUGUGCAAGGCCUGUUCUGAUUGGAGAUGCGCAAAAAAAAACACUGGGGAAGUGCUUGGGCUCUCCUCGAAGAGAGAAGUUUGUCUGGCUCAGUAAAGCCUUAAACAUAAAUUGCCUGCAACAGUGAAAUGGGCUACUUCUUAUGUGAAUUAAUGAGGAGGCGGAACACACCUCAAUUCAAACUGUUGUUAGAAAAUAAAACUUGUUAGAAAAUAAUUUGAAAUUGAAAAGUUGAAAAAUAGCCUAUAGAUAAUUAGCAGGCAGCGUGCCUUGGUUUGAGGGCAGCGCAGGAUAACUGUCCUGUUGCGUAACAAUCACAUUUUGGAACAGUGCAUUCUGACAUCACGUGCAUAAAAAUAACUCUCGCUGGGGCGACCGUUCGAGAUCUUUGGAACUCAAGCGUGAAAAGGUUUGGAGUAGUCCAACCUGAGACCACCGUAUUCCUCUUCUGUUCCCAUGCUGGAGACCAGGGCUCGAUUACAACCUGUUACAAUGGUGCCAACUUUUUGUGGCUGAUCUUUGAGCGGGGGAGUGGGUGAAAUUGUCAAAGACCUGAUGGGCCCAACACCGCACGGUAUGGCUCGUUUUUGUUGUGUGCGUGUUUGUGUACUGAGGAACAUGUAACUUGGUUCCAGAAGAAAGACACUUUCAAUUUCUUUAGGUUGAGGGCUUUCAUCAAGGUAAGUGUUUCUUGGUGUAGCGUCGUCCCCAGGCUAUUGCACACACAGCACAUAUAAUACUGGGAUAUCAACCAUUCAAAUUUGGAUUUAGUGGGAGUUACCAUAGAAUUCUAUAGGAGUGACCUUAUUGAGUAAAGUAUUUGUCAUCGUCACUAGUUAACACAGUAAGAAAGUCAUAAUUAUGGCUAAACUCUGCCCAUUUCCACAAUUUACCUACUUAAAAUUAGAUUUUAAACCUAACCCUAACUAAUGAAAGCCAAGAUUGAUGCGUUACACACAUUUGGACGGAAGUGUCAGGGAACGAGAUUAGGUGUAACGCGACUAACAUGAAUUCACUUUAGAGCAUAUUCCAAUCCUUCGACCCAACAUGUCACCCUUUAUAAAGCACAUGUUUAUAUCAUAUUCGACAUAUUGGGUUAUGUCACAUUUGACAUUUGUGAUUAUGUUGCACAGUUAUGCCACGUUUAUGAACCCUUUAAAAAGGAUGACAUACAUUUAUAGAUGCUUUGUAACACAUUUGUAGUGCUUAUGAAGGCAUUAUGAAGGCUUUAUGAAGCCUUUAUAAGCUGAACAUCAUUUAAAACGGGACCGCUUCAUUUUUAAGAAGUUUCAGUGUUGCUACAGUUUGCAAACAAAGUAAUUGUGACACCAUUUUUCAGCCGAUCAUGUGUGACACCAAUCAGGCCCCAGAGGGCUGGAGUACCACGAUGAGGAUGACCAGAUUGAGAUGGAAUCAACAGAGUCAACGCAAGAUCCAGCUUGA